AUGGUUUUACAGGUGGCAAGACGUCUGUCCCUCAUAAAACACCCGCAGUGCUCCACACUAAGCGGAGGACAAGCUAUAGAGCUUCUAGCAAAAGAUGGCGACAGGACAAAGUUCCCAUUCAGGACCCCUAUGGGCCAAACGUAUGACUGCUGCUUUUCUUUCGCUGGGCUACGGAAUCAAAUUACAUUGACGAUAAUGAAAAAAGAGGAAGAAGAAGGUAUAGAGCAGGGCACGCUGUUGUCGUGCGUGCAUCACAUUGCAGCAGCUACGCAGCACACAGUCGCCUCUCAUCUUGCAAAGCGCACACAUCGUGCCAUCUUGUUCUGUAAGGCAAACGGUCUGCUGCCAUCAAGCAGUCCCACCUUGGUGCUGUCUGGAGGAGUCGCAAGCAACCAGUAUAUCCGCAAGGCUUUGAGCAUUAUCACUGAGGCGACGGGGCUACGUCUGCUCUGUCCUCCAGCCAAAUUCUGCACUGACAACGGAGUGAUGAUUGCAUGGAAUGGUGUAGAACGCCUGAGAGAAGGGAAAGGGAUACUGCCUCCGAAUGUGGAUGUCUACUAUGAGCCAAAGGCACCGCUGGGUGUUGACCUGACAGCAGAGGUGAAGGCAGCAGCUAUCAGGUUGCCGUCAGUCAGGAUGAAGAUCCCCAACUGAAAGACUGGAAAGAAAACUCCUCAAUUUUCCCAGUUCAAAGUAUACUAUGUAUACUAGACGUGUAUAAGCACAUUAAAUGGCUAUUUAUUAAUAAAUGUUUUUAUACACCUCAGUUAAAAUAAAGUUUAAUAUCCCUUAAAAAAAGUACCCGAAAAUCCCAAAUCCAUUAAGUGAAAUCUUUUUUAGUUUGUCAUCAUGAAGAAUGAAAGUGGCAGACCAAUGAGCUUGCGAUCAUAAAUUAUGGAUGUCUGACUUUACUAAAAAAGGUGGUAAAAAUCAAGCAGUUUUUGUGUUUAAAUAGAACAUACCACAUUUCUGCUGAAUAACAUACACAGUAUUUGAUCAACCUGAGGAUUGAAGCAACAACAUGAGGGCCAUCAUUUUCAAACUUCAGAAGAUGUGUCUUUAGUUUGAUUGUACGCAUGUCUAUUUGAUUAUAUGUUACACAGAAAGCCAGUUUCUACGACCUGAAAGCUAUUUUCAUGAAGGAGACAAGUGUUUUAAGGUGCCUUUGUCCAAUCGGUCCUUUGUAACACAAGAUGUGCACUACCCACUUGUCAUGACAAGUAAUACACCAGAGUACAUUAGCUUUCUAGGAUAAAAAAGUGGACUAAACGUACACCCCAUUCAAUUCUGUCCAAGCCUGUACAGCAGAUGCAGUUCACCUCUCAUUGAGGCACAAGCCUCAUGUUACCGACUAAGCACUACCCUCUAGUGGUUAAUUUAUGUAUGUGCACCUCAACAGUGGGGAAAGGUAAUUAAAUAUAAGUACAAAUUGGA